AUGACGAGCUUCGAGAAGACGGUCAAGCUCGCAUGCAAGCCUAAAGCCGCACCCCCGAAAGCUAAAUACCUCGACCCAAUCAUUGCGGCGACAUGGUCUGAGGACGGUGCGGUUCACGAUGUCUGCAAUGCGCUUUCGCCUCGCUUCCGCGAACCAAACGUCAUUGUCGUGUUCAAAGCACUCAUCGUUCUUCACACCAUGAUCCGCAACGGAGCCACCGACAACAUCCUCAAGUAUCUCUCAUCCUCCGACGUGCUGAAGCUUCGCAACGUGUCGACGGCCCAAUGGGAGGGCUACUCCACCCCCCAGAACCUCCAGAACUACUCAAAGUAUCUCGACCUCAGAAUACGCGCCUACCGCGAGCUCAAGCAUGACGCCAUUCGUGUCCAAUCGGAGAACAACCGUGACAUGCGCAACUCCGCAGCCAUUGACGAGGAUGCGGACCACGGCAGCUCUCGCAAACGUGGAAAAGCUUCGCCUCAGCCGCCGCCUUCGAAUGGCAACCUCUCGCGAAGCAAGACCAUGGCCGGGCGCAAGCUGCGGGUGAUGACGGUUGAGAAGGGUCUCUUGCGCGAGACGAAGAUCGUGCAGAGGAUGGUGGAUGGCUUGGUUGAAUGCCGAUUCUAUCUGGACGACCUUGAAGACGAGCUGAACAUCACGUCGUUACGCAUGCUCGUGAAAGAUCUAUUGAUCUGUUUCCAGGCAUGCAACGAGGGUGUCAUCAACGUCCUCGAGCAUUACUUCGAGAUGUCGCGAAUCGACGCGCAAGAGGCCCUUAGCAUCUACAAGCACUUCUGCAGGCAGACGGAACAUGUCGUGGAGUUCCUUGGCGUGGCGAAGAAGCUGCAAAAUCUACUGAACGUCCCGAUCCCCAACCUACGACAUGCGCCGGUCUCCCUUGCAAGCUCACUCGAAGAGUACCUGAAUGACUCUAACUUCGAGCAAAACCGGAUAGAGUACAAGACUCAGAAGGAUUCUGCGGAGCGCAACGCUAAGUUAGGCAUCAAGCCGUCACCCAAGCCUGUAGAACGGCCGUCACCAGCAGCAGUCCCAGCCGCUGAAGCGAGCUCCUCGAGUGGUGGUGACAAGACUCCUGGCCAGAAGGCGAUGAUCGACUUCUUCAGUGCAAUCGAGGGAGAACAGCAAACGAUGUUCAACCCACAGACCAACAGCCCAACAUCCUCGUAUUUCCAGCAGCAAGCAAUGCAGAACCCGUUUCAGCAGCCCAUGAUGACGGGUGCGAUGCUGGGGGCCCAAGCCUUCGGUCAACCGCAGAUGCAAAUGGGCAUGCAAAUGCACCCGCAGGCGACGGGUUUCCUGAUGCCGCAGCACACCGUUAUGCCGAUGGGUAGUACAAAUCCGUUCGGAAUGGGGAUGCAGCAGCAACCUCAGCAACAUCCAUCGUUCGGCUCCUUCCUCGCGCCGCAAGCAACUGGCAUGCUUCAGCCCCAGAUGACUGGUGCUAACCCGUUCCGUCAGAGCAUGCUUCUCCCACAAAACACGGCUACGCCCUUCGGAGCGCAGCAGAUGGGUGGCGCCCAGCAGAACACGAACCCUUUCCCCAUGCAGCCCCAGCCUUCGCCGUCACCACAACCGCAGAAUCCGAUGCAAGUGCAGGGAAACAGCCCAUUCCAACCCUCCGGCAUGACCCAGCCAUUAUCUGCUAUCAACCCCAGUCAGCCGGCGUUCCCCUUCCUCAACGCACCUAACGUUCCAGCCGCACCAACACCGUCCAUCGCACAGCCCUUUGCUCAGCUCCCCUCUAUGACCAAUGGAACCUCAGUGCCACCACGUUCAGCAACCGCGCCGCUGUCCGGCCCUGGUACGUCUUCGUCACCACCACUCACUGGAGGUGUGAAAACGCAUCAAACCGGAUCGAGGAAUCCGUUCGGUCAGAUCGUCACUCCUCCGCCGCCUGUUCCGAGGGUGCCCACCCUUAUGGAGCUUGCAAUGGGAGUCAACCAGCCGCAGCAACAGCAGGCACCACAGCAGGCGCAGGCGCAACAGCCCCAACAGACUGGCGCAUUCGGCGGUUUCAACAGCAGCUUCAGCACCUCGCAGCCGCUUGGUACCGGCAUCGCGUCAUCGUUUGCAUUUGACUCGAAGCCCAACGCGUCCAACCCAGGAUCGUCACUCACACGUCCACUCACUUCUCAGCCGACGUCCAGCACAAUCACGAGCUCCGCGUUCUCGGACACACUUUUCUCUUCCGUAUCAUCCCAGCCCACGGGUGCAACAUCGGCGAGCGGCGCACCAUCCAUCUCCUUCUCUUCGGCUUCCAGCACCUCCCCAAUUCCGCGCCAGCAGACCGGAUUUAGUGGACUGAAGGCUUUCAAACCUUCCUCGUCCUUCGGAGCCGCGCUCCUGGACACGACCUCCACCGGAGCUCCCUCAGGAGGCUCCUCCUUCCCGGGACUCAACUCCCAGCCAACAGGCAUGGGCUCCUUCGGCACGUCCUCGUCACUUGGUGUCGGCCUUCGCCCACAAACCACAGGCACGCUCGGCGGCGCGAACCCCUUCCGCGCUACCAUGUUCUCCGCGACGUCCAGCCCGGGAAACUUCGGCUCUGGGACCACCCCGUCGUUCAUGAGCUCGCCUAUGGGCAGUGCUCCGGGUGCGACGUCAGGGUCGUUCGGUGGUUUGGGCUCCCUAGGCACAAACCCUACCGGCGUGCCCAUGGGCGCGUUCGGCGGUGGGCCGUUCGGGCUCGGGCUCGGUGGCCAGGACGCAUCGAAGCAGCAGCAGUCGCUCAUAUGA